AUCGGCCCCCAGAUCUCUCGAGGACGACGCCGUACCUCCGCGCGGAUGUAUCUACCACAUGAGCGAAGAGGAGCUUCGAGUGCUUCGGGCACAAUUAGACGACCUCUUGGCCAAGGGUUGGAUUCGCCCUAGCUGUUCGCCAUACGGUGCUCUCGUUCUCUUCGCCCGGAAGAAGAACAAGGACAUUCAUUUGUGUAUCGACUAUCGGAAACUAAACGCGCAAACGAUCAAGAACGUCGGCCCUCUCCCUCGGAUCGAUGACCUUCUCGAGCGACUAGGCGACGCCAAGUACUUCUCGAAGCUUGACCUCAAGUCCGGAUACCACCAGAUCGAGAUUCAGCCAAGAGAUAGGUACAAGACCGCGUUCAAGACGCAAUAUGGGCACUUUGAGUGGAUUGUCAUGCCUUUCGGUCUCACCAAUGCCCCGACUACUUUCCAAGCGGCUAUGACGACGGAAUUUCGCGACUUGCUCAAUCGCACCAUACUCAUUUACAUGGAUGAUAUCUUGGUUUAUAGUCAGACACUGAACGAGCACCUCGAGCACCUUCGCGCCAUAUUGGAGCGGCUCCGUAUCGCCAAGAACAAGGCGAACCAAGACAAGUGCGAGUUUGCCCAGCAAGAGCUGGAGUACUUAGGCCAUUACGUUACGCCACAAGGCAUUCGUCCGCUCGCGGACAAGGUACAAGUCAUUCAAGAUUGGCCGGAUCUCAAGUGUACUACCGACGUCCGCUCCUUUCUCGGCUUGGCAUUAUAUUGCAUGCGCUUCGUCAAAGGAUUUCAACGCAUUGCUGCACCAUUGUCACGACUUCAGUCCCCCUUGGUGCCCUUCGAGUUCAGUAACGAAGCCCGGCAUGCGUUUCACACGCUGACGACGGCUUUGCUUCAAGCUCCCGUCUUAAGCAUCUAUGACCCGACCUUGCCUACUAAAGUGACUACAGACACUUCCGGCUACGGCAUUGGCGCAGUUUUGGAACAGCAUGACGGCACAAACUGGCAUCCGGUUGCGUACUUCAGCCAAAAGGUGUCGCCCAUCAACACUCUUGAUGAUGCGAGGAAGAAGGAACUGCUAGCUUUUGUCACCGUACUUGAGCGUUGGCGUCACUUUCUCCGCGGGCGUUGGCGAUUCACGUGGGCAACCGACAACAAUCAGUUGACGUACUACAAGACGCAAAACACGGUGAGCAGCACGAUCGGUCGGUGGAUGUACUUAAUUGACCAGUUCAACUUCACCUCCAAGCACAUUCCGGGCUCCUCGAACAAGGCAGCAGAUGCUCUCUUGCGAAGACCUGAUCUUUGCGCUGUCGGUGCGAAUACCCUUACAAGGGUAUCCGGCGAUCCGCCCUGGUUUUUGUAGGUGACAGGAACAAGUUUGGUUUAAAGUUUAAUUAUAUCGCGGAGGCGCGGCUGCGUCUGUGAUUUUCGUUC